UUCAAUAUCACGUGAGCGAUAUGAUGAGGGUAGCGGUGGUGUGGCGAUGGGGUGGAAUUUACAGCGACACUGACGUUAUCUGUAUGAGAAACAUGGCCCUCUUCAACAACACUCUCGGCUAUAUACAACCAGGCCGCCUCGCCAAUGGCUUCUUCAAGUUUGAGCCACGCCAUAUUGUGAUGCAUAAAUUAAUGGUUGAAAUUACCCAAAGCUUCAGUCCGACUGUCUGGGCCAAAAUCGGACCCCCAGCUAUCACGGCGGUCAUGAAGCGAGAGUGUCAAGUGAAAAGAUCCGAGAAAUUCCACUCCAAGGUACCUUACACCUGUGGCAACGUCACCCUUUACCCCGAGCAUUAUUUCUUCCCUAUACACUACCGACACUACCAAGAGUACUUUGUGGCUAACAGAGGCAAGACACUUCAUCAGGAAUUUAAAUCGUCCCUGCUCCUACACACCUGGAAUAAAGCCAACCACAACAAUCCCAUGUUUGUGGGGGGUGACAGCAUUUACGAUGUGGCUGCCAGAACCUACUGCCCAGCCAUCUACCAGUACGCCUCACGCCGCUCUCAUUUCUUCUAAAUUUACCUAUCAUCCUCACGUUCCUCCUAGUUCACCUGACUAUUACCCUUCACCUAUCAACCUCACACGGGUUUUUUGUUCACCUGAUUAACGAUAUCCUUCACCUAUCAACCUCACACGGGUUUUUUGUUCACCUGAUUAACGAUAUCCUUCACCUAUCAACCUCACACGGGUUUUUUGUUCACCUGAUUAACGAUAUCCUUCACCUAUCAACCUCACACGGGUUUUUUGUUCACCUGAUUAACGAUAUCCUUCACCUAUCAACCUCACACGGGUUUUUUGUUCACCUGGUUAACGAUAUCCUCACCUAUCAACCUCACACGGGUUUUUUGUUCACCUGAUUAACGAUAUCCUCACCUAUCAACCUCACACGGGUUUUUUGUUCACCUGAUUAACGAUAUCCUUCACCUAUCAACCUCACACGGGUUUUUUGUUCACCUGAUUAACGAUAUUCUUCACGCGUCUUUUUGUUCACUUAAAGAGUUCGACUGAGGAAUU